UGAGGAGUCUGUGGGUGAGGCCAGAAAUGUGGGCUUUAUUUCUUGGGUGGUUGCGAUAAAGAAGUCUGCAGGAUGGAACGGGGAGCCAGAGAUGGACACCCCAGCAGCCCCAAGCUGCCCCUCCUCCUUAUGUGAUUUGUCCUGGCUCCUCACCAGGAUGACAGGCUCCUAGGAGAGGCCUGGGGUCUUGCCUCUGUUUAGUCUCUGCUUUGGGCAGUGGCGUUCAUCGAGGAGAAGGCUGCACAUGGGUGUUCGUGGCUCCUGUGAUGAUUUUGACUUUUUUUUCAGUGCCAUGAACCAAACACAGAGACUCCUGGACCAACCCCUUUCCAUCCAUACUUCCAAGCCCACGAAGAAAAGGACAUCAAUGAUAUCUCUCUUUUCUAAGGUGUCUUGGAAACUGAGGCUCCAGAAGCGGGAGCCUUUGAAGAAUGUGUUUUUCAUCUUCGCAGAAAGAGCCCGGGACCCCAGUGCUAAAAAGCGUCACCUGGCAAUGAGAGGCCUGGGCACCAUGGCCUGUGAAGCCCCCAACCAGGUGAAAAAGUAUAAGAAAAUCACGCUAGACCUGCUGGUGCACGGAUUGUACGACCCUGUGAGUUCUGAAGUCAUCCAUGAGAGUAUGAAGGCUCUGACCAUCAUCCUGGGCAGGCUCCAGCGGAAAGGUCUGGGCUCCUUCUUCAUAGACAUCACACUUCAGACCAGGACUUUUUUGGAUGAUGAGAAUGACAGUGUGAGAUACUCAGCCUUAGUUUUGUUUGGGCAACUGGCUGCCUUUGCUGGGUGGAAAUGGAAGAAGUUUUUCACCAAUCAGGUGAAGCAGACCCAAGAUUGCCUCCUAAGACAUUUACAGGACAGAAAUCCCCAGGUUGCCAAGGCUUGCAAAACAACUUUUCGAGCCUGCUCUCCAUACCUGACACUGAGGAAGGAGUACAGCUUCCAGAAUGAAGAAGAGCAAAGGAACCCAAAACUCUGCCGGCAGCUGAGUCACUAUCAUCCAGAGCUCCUGCAGUUCUUCUAUGCAAAUAAAAUUCUGUAAGCAUGGAGGGUAAGAACAUGGUCCCACUUGAGUGUCCUGCUGGGAACAUCAUGUGCCCUCUAUUUUGUCUCAUUGAACGGCUCCCUGGCUUGCCUCUUGUGACUGUAAUAGAAAAGAGGAUGUCGUGAGAGAAACUGAGAGCAAAAACAGUGCCAUGUGAUUAUACACAAUGCCCAACAUGAGAUUCUGAGUUGCUUUCACGUAUCUCAUUUUCUCCCCACAGAGACUUGAUGAGAAGGUACAUUUUUCUUAAAAUCAUCGAAAGUAUAUAUGGGUUUGAUGCUUAUUUCUCAGCUAUUUCCUUCUAAAAUUCAUCUCUCUCAAUUACCUUAUGUUUCUAAUAUUUAACUUCUAUAAUUAGGAGGAUAGCUGUUACCUUAAGCUGUUUUCUUAAAAAUGUAUUUGCUACUGAUAUUUUGCCUGUUGCUCUUAAUACCUCUUCGUACCAGGGCUUAAAGUUGGCCAAGAUACCAAGAAAGUUGAUUGCAGGGGUAUCUUCAAUUUCUCCGCCAUCUUAGAAACUUAUUGCCUUUAAGAUCACCUUUAAAAAGAACUAACAUGGGCGGGGGAUUUAGCCCCGUGGUGCUGCAGCCUGCCUCGAAAGCACAAGGACGCGAGUUUGAUCCCCGGUACCAAAUAAAUAAAUAAAUAAAUAAAUAAAUAAAAUGAAAAGUGCUAACAGAGAAAAGAUAGCAAUGAAGCAUGUGUUGAAAAUUCUCAGGCUGAUGAUAACUUACGGAAUAAAAUACUAAGUAACAUUUAUUAAACAUUUACAAUGUAUUAGGCAUUAUCUAAGAAUUUAAUACUAUACCAACCUUAUGAGGUAGAAUCUUUUAUUGUUCUCAUUUUACAGAUGAAAGAACUAAGGCAUGGAAAAAUUAAAUAAUUUGCUCAAAAUAAAUGGUGGAAAGAGAAUUUGAAUCCGUACGUCUGAUUUCUGGGGCCCGUGCACAAUUACUCUUCAUGGAACCAUUGAUG